AAAUAAAAGUGAUGAUGGUGGUGGUGGUGAUGAUGAUGAUGAUGAGGAUGACUACUCAACUUCAGUGUCAGCAAUGAUGCAGAGAAAAUCAUCAACACGAAGAUCAAGUAAAAGAAAAAAACGUGGAUCAUCAACAUUUAAUGAAAGAAUGGAUUCAUUUUCUAGUCAUCCAAGAAGACGAUCAUCAGUUUUUACAACAAGUUCUGGAGAUACAGCAAUUUCAAUGGAACAAGAUGAUGUUGAUAUACUGAAUACAAAAGAACAACAAGUAUUUGAAAAAUUAAAACUUCAUAAAGAAGUAUUGGGUGCAACAAAACAUCAACCUUGGCCAUUGAGAAAAAAAAUAAAACUUGUUAAACAAGCUAAAUCAUAUGUAAGAAAACAUGAGGGUGCACUUCAAGAACGUCUUGCUCAAAGUAAAAGUACCAAGGAUAUUUUAACACAAGUAUCAAUUUAUUUAACAAAUAAAUGGAAAUAUUUUAAACGUGAAAUUGUUAAUUUACAAAUAUUGGUUAUACCAUGGGAAGUAAGAAUAAAAGAAAUUGAAUCACAUUUUGGCUCAGCAGUUGCAUCAUAUUUUGUAUUUUUACGUUGGUUAUUUUGGAUAAAUCUUGUUAUUGCAAUAAUAUUAAUAUCAUUAAUUGUAACACCAGAAAUAAUACUAACUGGUGAUAAAAAAUUAACUGGUGAUAGAAAAAUAUUAUUACCAAAUGAAAUAACAAAAUCAAAAAAUUUUUUAACACUUUGGGAAUUUGAAGGAAUUAUAAAACAUUCAGCAUUUUUUUAUGGAUGGUAUACAAAUUGGGAACCAAUUAAAGGUGGAUAUAGAUUACCACUUGCUUAUUUUAUUGUUAUGUUGGUAGUUUAUGUUUAUAGUUUUGUUGCAAUAUUAAGAAAAAUGGCUAAAAAUUCAAGAAUGAGUAAAUUAUCAGAAAAAGAAGAUGAAUGUGCAUUUUCAUGGAAAUUAUUUACUGGAUGGGAUUUUAUGAUUGGUAAUUCAGAAACAGCACAUAAUAAAAUAGCAAGUAUUGUACUUGGUUUUAAAGAAUCACUUCUUGAAGAAGCUGAAAAAGAAAAAAAACUUGGUCAAUGGAAAAUUCGUACAGUUAGAGUUUUAGUUAAUUUAACAGUUAUUUUAUUAUUAGCAUUUUCUGUUUGGGCUGUUGUUAAAAUUGUUAAUAAUAGUGCUGAAUUUGAAGCUGAAACAAAUAAUUGGUGGAAACAAAAUGCAAUAACAAUUGUUUUGUCAUUAAUAUCAUAUAUAUUUCCAAUAUUUUUUGAAAUACUUGGUAUAUUUGAAAAUUAUCAUCCAAGAAAAACACUACGUCUUCAACUUGGUAGAAUAAUGAUACUUAAUUUACUAAAUUUAUACUCAUUAAUAUUUGCAUUAUUUGGAAAAAUUCAUGAUAUGGAAGAAGAGCUACAAUCUCUUAAACCAAAAUUAUCAUCAAAAAAUUUAUUUACUAUGAAAUAUUUUAAUUCUUCAAAUUGUCCAAUUAAAAGAUUAAAUAUGACAACAAGAAGAAAUCUUCGUCGUUUAUGCUGGGAAACAAUGUUUGGCCAAGAAUUAGCAAAAUUAACUGUAAUGGAUUUGAUGUUGACAAUUGUUGCAACACUUGGAAUGGAUUUUUUUCGAGCACUUUUUGUUAGAUAUACAAAUUCCUGGUGGUGUUUCGAUCUUGAAAAACAAUUUCCUCAAUAUGGAGAUUUUAAAAUAGCUGAAAAUAUUUUACAUUUGGUUAAUAAUCAAGGAAUGGUUUGGAUGGGAAUGUUUUUUAGUCCUGGAUUAACACUUUUAAAUGUUAUUAAACUUGGUAUACUUAUGUAUUUAAGAUCUUGGGCUGUAUUAACAUGUAAUGUACCACAUGAAAUUAUUUUUCGAGCUUCAAGAUCAAAUAAUUUUUAUUUAGCUCUACUUUUAACAAUGCUUUUUCUAUGUGUUAUUCCUGUUGGUUAUGCAUUAACAUGGAUUGAGCCAUCAUGGCACUGUGGUCCAUUUUCUGGCUAUCAUAGAAUAUAUCACAUAGCAACAGAAAGUUUAAAAGAUGCUUUACCUGAAAAAAUUCGCAGGAGUCUUGAUUAUAUUGCGUCACCUGGUAUUGUUAUUCCUCUUAUUGUUCUUAUGGCUCUUAUUAUUUAUUAUAUGGUUUCACUUGCUGGUUCUCUUCGUGAAGCAAACAAUGAUCUCAAGAUACAAUUACGACAUGAAAGAACUGAGGAGAGACGUAAAAUGUUUAAAAUUGCAUCAAAACGUGGACAAUCAGUAGAUACACCAUUUUUAAAAUGGAAAAAAAUUAUAUCAACAUCACCAACAUCAGCUUCAAUUGAAAUUUCAAAAAAUGUUGGAAAUGUUCUUCAAGAAAGACGUCAACGUGCUAUUGAACGAUUAAAUUCUACAUCUGAAGUGGAUCCAAGUUUAUUACAAGCUCCUGAACCACCAUCACUUUCACCAGUUAUACAAGAUGACGGACAAAUUUUUUUUGGCAACACUGAAGAUACAAAAACGUAAAGUAAAAAAAUAUAAAUACCAAUUUAAUUAUAUGUA